AUGGCGGGACCUGCUUCCUGCACGGCUGGAGGAAAAAAGCUGGGUGGCAGAUCAUUGCCGUGCUGGGACUGCGCUGGACGUCUGGCACGCUCCCAUCGUCACCUUCACCGUCACCGUCACCUUUACCGUCACCUUCACCGUCACCUUUACCUUCACCGUCGCCAUCACCAUCGUGCCGUACUAUCCAUCCAUAGCGUCUUGAUCUUCGAGACAUACACCGGUUGUGCUACCACGCCACCACGCCACCACGCCUGCACACCGCCUGCACACCGACUACCCACCGACUACCCACCGACUACCCACUCGCUGUCGCCAACCGUCCGCCGACCGCCUCGAGUCACGAGCCACGUCGCAGAGCCUCAGGCCGUCUCGCGCCACUGCCUGCGUGCCGCCCGCUGCCCGCCGCCCGUCACGAUUGCGUCUCCGAACCUCGUGGGUCCUCCACCACCGGGACUACAAGUGCGCCUGGAGACGGACAGGAGCGCCUUCACGCUGCAUAAACUCCGCGCCCUCCGCCGCAAGGCCAGGCUCAAGGGCGGCCAUCUCAGCACCGACCCAGCUGCCACGGGCACCAUGUCGGCCCCCAGCUCCGUGCCCGUCUCGCCUGCGUCGUCGAAGCGCUCGCGCAGCAAGGACAGCACGCGCUCAGCCACCCACGCCUUCCUCCACACCCCCGCCGAGAGCACCACCAGCACCAGCACCAGCACCAGCACCACCACAACCACCGCCGCCCUCCACACCCCGGCCAUGAGCACGCACAGCCUGCUGCCGCCCUUGAGCGUCGCCCCCUCGUCCAACGGCGACCACCCGCCCGACAACACCCCGUACCCCGCCUUCCUCGGGCCACGGGGAGCAGCGCGCCUCGACAGCAAGUGGAACGACCUGGAGUGGGCCCAGAUGAACCGCCUGCGCGAAGCCGUGCCCGCCACCGACGCCGAACAGCCGUCCCCCUGGGCCCGCUGCUGCGCCGACGCCUACGCCCCUCGAAACCGAUACGUCAACGUCGACCCGUACCAGGCGAACAGAGUCCACUUGCGCGUGCCCGAGGGUGUCUUCGACUACAUCAAUGCCUCGCCCAUCACGCUGCACGCGACCAAGUCCAAGACUGCGCUGCGCUACAUCGCAACACAAGGCCCCAAGGCCGACACCUGCUCGCACUUCUGGCGCAUGCUAUGGGCCGAGAACGAGUCGCCCGCCGUCAUUGUCAUGGUCACCCGAACCCACGAACAAGCACGCGAAAAGUGCUACCCGUACUACCCGUCCUCCCUCUCCGAGCCCGACCUGCGCAUCAACGAACACGACGAGUUUGGCGACGGCUUCGUCCACAAUCUGCACCUGGCAGCUCUCUCGCACGACGACGCAUCGAGGACGGAAAUCAGGGAAAUCGACAUGACGACAGAAGACGGGAGCGAGUCGCGCAAGGUCUGGCACCUCUUGUUUGAGGGCUGGCCAGACUUCUCCGUCCCCGAAGGCGCGGACAAGGCAGCGCUGCUCAAGAUGGUCGACCUCUCCCGCCAGAAGAACAGCAACAACUCGACCAAUCCCCGCAUCGUGCACUGCAGCGCAGGCAUCGGCCGCAGCGGUACCUUCAUCGCGCUCGACUGGCUCAUCCAAGAGCUGGAAGAAGGCUCGUUGGACAGCCCAGCCGACGACCAAGACCCCAUUCUCCGCGUCGUGGAGACGUUGAGAGACCAGCGUCCCAUGAUGGUCCAGUCCAAGCAGCAGUUUGUCUUCAUAUACGACACGCUCCGCGAACGCUGGCGUGAGCGCUGGAUCAGCCUCCACCCGGACGAGGCGAGUCGAUUGGGCAUCUCGCCUGCACCGUCCGACGACGAGCCGGCGCUUAAGCGGCAAAAGUCGAAUGCAGAGGGCGACACAGAGGGUGCCUUUGUGAGUGAAGAGGAGCGCGCAAAGCUCGAAGCUGAACUCAUGGCUGCCGAUUACGAAUGA